UGGUGUGUCAGAACAACACGUGUUUUUGAAAUUUCAAAAAUUAAUUUUUGCAGGGAAAAUGGGUCGAAAAAUACCAGGAAAGAAACAUCAUGGAGUAAAGGAUCCACUAAAACAACAAGCGAAGCGUCUAGAAGAAUUAAAACCAAAAAUAAAUGCCCCGCCAAAAGACGUCGAUGACCAAGCAAUUCCCAAAAGCCUCGAACGCGUUAUCAGUCUCAAAAAUAAAUUUAAAAGCGGAAUAAUAAUAAAAAAGAAGAAAAGAAAGUCAAAUCGUGGCUUGGUGAUUUUGGGUCCGCAAAACCCUAAACUGCCACAUCCGAAAUCAAAACCCGAAAAAGUCGUUCCUAUUUUCAAUCAAAGAGUUGGAGAAACUCCAGAAGCUUUUAUGAGGCGCGUCGGCAGAGAAACUGAGGCUUUUCUUCACGAAACCAAAUUUGAGCACAAAUUUAAUGUCCAAGUGAAACGCAACGAGGAAACUGGAGAGUACGUGGGACUUGAAAAAAGGCCAAAAGACGAGCUUGAGGAAUUGUUGAAUUUGAAGUCCAAACAUAAGAAUAUAAAAAAGAAGAAGAAAGCGAAAAAACCGGAGGUGGAAGUGAAAUUGUCGAAAGAGCAGAAACGGAAGAGGAAAAUAGAAAUGAAAAUGGACAAAAAAUUUCAGGACCAGAUUGACGAGUUUCAAACUUUUAAGGACCAUGUCGAAUUUGGCGAAGUCGCUCAUGCACCUCCGGAAUUGAAAGUGCGACCUUCGAAAGCUGACAAAGAAUCGAGUGUUAGGCCCGGCAGGAGAAAGUUACUGUUGAAUUCCUUGCUCAGUCAAAAUAAGGAGUCAGUUAAGGAAAUUUCGAAGAAAAUUAUCAACAGGGCUGGAAAGAGAAAAGAUUUGCCAGUCGGAGAAAGAUUGCGACUGGAAAAGCAACAAAGUGAUGCUGUUGCGGCUUACAGAUUAUUAAAAUCUAAAAAACAAGGAUAGGAAUUUAGUUAAAUUGGCAAAUUUGUAUUUACAUUUUUAUAAA